AUGCCAGCGCAAGAGAACAUUCAUAACGCACAGAACACAGAGAGGACACGGAAUGUGGAGAGACGGCGAGAAAAGUCGUCCGGACAGCUAACGGAACAGCUACACACUCGAAGUCAGGUCAGGUCGCGAAAUACAACGGUCAAAAAGUUGACAGAGAAAGAAACUGGGCUUUUUUAAAGCGGAGUGUAAAGAGGAAGUGAGAGAUCGGUCAGAGAAACGGAGAAACGGCCGAGUAAGAGGCGCAAGAGAGAGGGAAAAGCAAGAGAGUGGACAGAGAAAGGCAGAAAAGACAGAAAAUUGUCAGAAAAAACGAGAAUUCCAUACGCUCGAUCGGAAACAAGAGAAUUUGACCCCAAGACGGGGUUAACCGCGGCAAGGUACGAAGAAGGGAGCUACAAACAACCUCCAAACACAAUAUAAUUCGAGGAGAGCACAGACACAUCUAGACACGACUAGAAUAAGCCGGUGAGUUGAGGUCAGAAACCAAAAUAAAGUGAGAAACGAGAGCGGGAACGGAAUAUUCGAAAGCGGCUAGAGAUCAAGACAAAAAUAGUUCGUCUACAACAAGAGAGCGGCUCAAAAAUGUUCGACCAGAGCAAGAGAGUGGCUCAGAAUUGUUCGCAUAGAGCUAGAGACGUUUCGUUGCCCCAUCUCCUCUCCGUUCAGCCCAUACUAUCAUCCGGCCGUGCGCGUUUUUUGUGCUCAAAUCUGGGGAAAUACUAGAGCCAAUACUUUUAUGUCCAAUAACGCAAUUCCGCCGCGAUUUCCUUGUGUUUUACGUUUGAUUUAUCGAAAUCGUGCUUGUGAUAGCUAAUAUUUUCUGUUUUUCAGUGGGCAAAUCUUCCUUUUUCUCCUUCGCCAACCGUAAGCAUAAACAAAAUCCGGUAAUUUUUGGCUUUUUCAAACUUUUUUUUCGACUAGUUCUGUUGUGUCUUUGUAGAUAAUAGAUAGUAGUCUUCAUUUUAUGUGGUUUUAGUACGAUUUGUUGUGAUUUAAAAAUCAUUUUGGCCUUUUUUUCGAACGAUUUCUCGUGGGCUUGAGUUUUAGGAAAUUUUCAGUUUGUUUUUGGUCGAUUUCGGACAGUUUAUGGUGUAUAAUAGAUAACAAAACUAUUUGAAAUAAUUAUUAAUUAAACUAAAAACUUUUACUUUACGAUUAAGGACCAUUCUUUUUGUAUUUAGAUACAUUUUUAAAUAUUCUCAAUCAAUUUUUAUGUUUUUAAAGGGUCUUAUUUAUUUUUUAUGGAUAAUUUUAGUUUGCUGGGAAAAAUAGGUAUAAUAACAGUUUAAGAUAAUCUUAAGUGUAUUUUUCUUGAUUCAAAAUUUAAUUUAUCACAUGUUAUGACUAAUUUUAUCUAAAAUUCAGGGUCGUAACGGGAGAAACCAACAAAAACGGUCGUUGA